GAGAGAGAGAGAGAGAGAGAGUGAGAAAGAGAAAGAAAAAAAGAGAGAGAGAAAUUUGAUGCUCGUUGAUCUCAAGUGCCGAGAUAUAAUAUAAUAUUGUACAACUAAGAAAGACAUACUUAUAAUUGAAAUGUUUAUUUUCAAGAUUCCAUUCAUUAUUAUUGUUAUUUUAAGUGCCUCCAUUACGAGUGAUAAUGAGUCUGAUUUUUGUGAAGUACCUGAUGAAUAUACUGACAACUUAAAGAAAUGUUCUACCCAAAAUUAUUUUACACAAAAACGUUAUAUUCUUUAUGAUGUAAAUCCACCAGAGGGUUUCAAUUUAAGAAGAGAUGUUUACAUUCGUAUUGCAGUUUUUCUGAAGAAGUUGAUUGAAAGAAAUAAAGAAGUUCAGUGGCAAUUGGUUUUAGCACCAUGGGGUAAUUUGUAUCAUUGGCGAAGUAAACAUAUAGGGCAGCAAGAACUUAUACCAUGGAAUACUUUUUUUGAUAUUACAAGUUUGCAAAAAUAUGUGCCAGUUAUUGAAAUGUAUCAAUUUAUGAAAGAAUAUUCAUCCGGGAGCAAGCUACAACUUGAUUGUGUAUACAAUUUGCAAAAUGAUGAUGAAAUGUUCAAGACAGGUAAAUUUGAAGAUAAAAACGAAGAGAUAGAUUGUACUCAUGAUGCUUUACCAUAUCACAAGGUAGAUCGUCAAACAUACAACGGCCCAUUUUGGGGCUACCAUAAUAUCACUGCUAAGGAAGUGAAAUGUCUGAAGUUUCAUGGUGUAGCAUCUGCUCUUUAUCAAAAUCUUUGGCCAUUGCAAUAUAGAUCUAUAAUGUUUGAUCAUAUGGAGAUUGCCUUGCAUGAUGAAUAUGGAUCAAGAGAAUACUGGAAAGCUAGGCGCAGUAUGCGUUAUAAUUCUGAACUCUACAACAUUGCGAAUGAGUAUAGGAGAACUUUUCUAAAUUCCACGAAUGAAAAUGAUAAUAUAAAACGACCUAUAGAUUGGACCAAGGAGAAGAGUCAACAAAGGGUAAAGGGUGGUCCAUACUUGGCAGUUCAUCUUAGAAGACGUGAUUUUAUUGUUGGUCACAAGGACUCUAUACCAACCAUAGAAAAUGCUGCGUCUCAAUUAACAGAAAAAAUGGAUAAACUCGGAUUACAUGUGUUAUUUGUUGCGACAGAUGCUGCACCAGAAGAAUUUGAAGAACUCAAGCGGUAUCUAAAACGACACAAAGUUGUGAGAUAUGUGCCAUCUUUGUUUGAAUUAAAUAAAUUUAAGGAUGGGGGAGUGGCUAUCAUUGAUCAAAUAAUUUGUUCACAUGCCAGGUAUUUUAUAGGAACGCACGAGUCUACUUUUACAUUUAGGAUACAAGAAGAUAGAGAGAUUAUGGGUUUCUCACCAAAAACUACGUUCAAUCGCUUGUGUAAGGAUAAAAACAGGAAAUGUAAAACAGGAAAUGGACAAUGGCAAAUUGUCUGGUGAUAAAAUUGGAGGCUGAUAAAUGUUCAAGAGACCCUCUGCCAAUUUUUCUAUAGCCUCUGUGAAA